AUCAAAGCGCAUAUUUGGACGCAUCAUAUGCCCGCACUUAAGUGGAUAUAUUUCACACCUGCAUGUGGACAUUUCAACGACUCCUUUUUUCUGUCUUUGCUGGGAAUUAACUGGCAUCUGGAAUGGAACUUAAUUUGUCAAAGAAUGUAAUCUCCUGCGGAGAUCCAGGUGGAAUGAAUUUGGACAGAAUUGCAGAGACCGUGAGACCGCCACCGACGCGCGACAUGCAGGCUUCUACGCUUCACGUGCCGAGAACUUCGAACAACACUCGAGAAACGUUAGAGAACUCAAGCAGCGAGUCAACCGAUACUGAAAUAGCAGAAAAAGAGAGGAUCGUAGAACACAGAAGUGACGAUGGAAACGCAGACGACCCCAAAAAGAAGAAAGCGAGGCGGCAGCGGACUCAUUUCACCAGCCAGCAGCUGCAAGAGCUCGAGGCCACCUUUCAGAGGAAUCGCUACCCGGACAUGAGCACGAGAGAGGAAAUAGCGGUGUGGACCAACCUCACCGAGGCCAGAGUCAGGGUAUGGUUCAAAAAUCGCAGGGCCAAAUGGAGGAAGCGUGAACGCAACCAGCAAAUGGACCUGUGCAAGAACAGCUACCUUCCGCAGUUUAGUGGCCUCAUGCAGCCCUACGAUGACAUGUAUCCCGCCUACACCUACAACAACUGGACGAACAAAGGACUGACCCCGGCCCCUCUGUCCACAAAGAACUUCACUUUUUUCAAUUCAAUGAGCCCACUCACAUCCCAGUCAAUGUUCUCGGCUCCUAACUCCAUCUCUUCUAUGACUAUGGCCGGAGGUAUGGGCCACUCCGCUGUACCGGGGAUGCCGACUGCUGGCCUGAACAACAUCAGCAAUCUUAACGGCAUCGGCACCUCUACAAUGAACUCAGCCAUGUCCUCCUCCGCCUGUCCGUAUGGACCUCCCGGUUCCCCUUACAGCGUAUACAGAGACACAUGUAACUCUAGCCUGGCGACUCUGAGACUGAAAUCGAAACAGCACCCAACCUUUGGAUACAGCGGGUUGCAAAGUCCCGGGUCGAGCCUUAACGCCUGUCAAUACAACAGUUGACGGAUCAGCCGCGAAGAAAAUAAUUUGCCGACAGCUGUAGGCCAAGUAGGCCUAGCAAGGCCUAGCAAGGCGAACGGGG